AUGCCCAAUGGCAUCGAUGAUAAUACGAAUACCAUGUCUUUCCGCAAGUUGUUUAUUUGCACCACCUUUGCACUAUGCAUUGGUUUAGCUCUAUCUGAUGUUCACGAAGAUUUAACCCAACUGGCAGAACAGUUUGAGGGGAAAUUUGACAAUAUUGACCAGUUUAACUAUGAUAUAAAACAUAAACCAGUACAAGAGCGACAUCUACAUCUCAUUACGACAUCAGUUCCAGAAGAUGUACCAAUAUUAAUUGGCUUCAAAUGUUUUUAUGUCGAGCAAUAUUUAAAUGGUAACAUCAGUAAUGUUAUUCGCCAGAGACUCUAUACCUACGGAAUUGAUAAAAAAUCUCAACAAGUAGUUUUGAAACUAUAUUCUUUUUCUCAACCUGAACGAUUUCUCCAUUCCCCUGCACAUUCGGAUAAAUUUGCCAGCCUGACGAUAGAAGAUCUGAUAUAUGCUGAAGGAUGUGACGUAUACUGGACACGGUUGGAUAGCAAUUAUUUCCGGUCUAACAUGUUUAAUACCUGUAUUGUCAACAUUGCUGGUGCUCAGGUACUUAUAAUUGACAGAAACAAUCUAACGUCUACCUAUCUGACAGCUGAUGAAACAUGGGUAUUUUACAAGAACCAGUCUGUAUUAAAAGUCUAUCCAUCACCGUAUAAUAUGAGUAAAUAUCCCAUCGAUGAAAAACACAACUUGAACAACCAGAACACGUUGACUAGAAAUAGUAAUGGUAUAGAUAAUUUCGAUAAUCUUAUCAAACGUAUGAAGGGGGGCAGUGUGAUACGGUUCGUCAUAGACCCUCAGUACUGUAAAUCAAACAACUCAGAUGUAAUCUAUGGUGGUGAUAUAGAAGUCUUCGAAUUCUUCUUUGAUUCUAUAUUUGGUCCAGAUCAGUAUUUUGGAUUUUCUGAAUCGGCUGUUGCUGUUAAUUCUACAGGUGGUGUAGUAACAGUUCUAAAGGAAGGUUAUGUAUAUAAUAACAGUGGAGUUCAACUAAAAUUAACAACUCUUGCACCAGAUCUAACAACUGUACUAGACAAAUCAAUGGUAGCCUGUCAGUUCCAAGGAAAAGGAGUAUUGUUCUAUGAAUCCAGAAAACAGAUUUCAACCCUAGAGAGUUUCCAAGAAUUGACAAAAGCACUGUUAAAUGGUCAAGAUGUACGCUUUACCGCUGACUACCGGUCAUGUCCACCUAUUUCAGCGGGGGCUCUUUCAGGAGAUUUUACGUUUACCAAAGAUGGCGACCAAAUAACCAAACUAACCUUUUCCCAAUCAAAAGUUAUAACAAACUAUCAGGGAUCGGGUUAUGUAACAGACAUUGUAAUUGGUCAUAUUUUUCAAAACGGUUCAGUAACAUUUUAUGCGUCUGAUGUUCAGACUUUCAACCAUAAACCAGUGUAUAAAGAAACCAUACGUUGUAAAUUAGGACCUUCAUCUGUUAUGUUGUACACAAUGUCAUAAAAGGUUUAUGUUAUGUUAUAUGAUAUCAUACAAUUUGUCUCAUGUUAUAUACAAUAUGAUAAAUCAUAUAAAUUCUGUUGUGUAUUAUGUUAUAUACAGCAUCAUAUUUUGUUAUAUAUAUAAUAAUUCCGUAAGACAUGUAUAUUAUACAAUUUAGUAAGCCAUGUACAGUAUACAAUAUCGUGAAAAUAUGUUACAUACAAUAGCAAAUAAACUAUAUAUAGUGUCAUCGAAACAAAAAAAACUAUUUGUUAUAUAUAGUUUCAUAAAUCUUAUAUAUUCUUUAUAUAUUAUACAAUAUUAUAUGCCACAUAAUAUUAUACAAUAUUAUUAUACAAUAUUUGUCUGUUAUUUUAUAUACGAUAUAUAACAUAUCCUAUGUUAUAUACAUACAAUUUCAAUAUCGAAAGCCAUGUAUUUUAUACAAGAUCACAUAAUUCAUUUCUAAUGCUAUGUAAAAUAUCAUAACUUAUCUUAUAUUAUAUAUAAUAUCAUAAAUGUUAUAAAUUUGUUAUUCAUUUCUAUACGAGAUCGUAAGCCACGAUAUGUACACAAGAUCGUAAGCCACGAUAUGUACACAAGAUCUUAAGCCACGAUAAGUACACAAGAUCGUAAGCCAUGCAUAUUAUGCAAUAACACAAGUCAUGUGAAUUAUAUUACAUACAGUAUCAAACUCUUUUCUAAUGUUAUUUACAAUAUCAUAUAGCUUAUCUUAUGUUAUUUACAGUAUGACAAAAAUUGUAUAUGUAUUGUGUUCUCCAUUUUUAUAGAAUAUCGAAAGCCACGCUAGAGACACUCCAGAGCAUAUCUAACUGCAAACAAAUAUAUUUGUUAUAUAUUAUCAAACAACAUCGUAAGCCAUACCAUGUAUAUUAUAUUUGAUCAGAAUGUGUACAAUAUCAUAAAAUUUGGCUGUUUGUAUUUUGUACAAUAUCAUUAUACUUAGCUGUUAUAUUUUAUACAAUAUCAUAAAACUUAGCUGUUAUAUUGUACAAUAUCCCGAAACUUAGCUGUUAUAUUGUACAAUAUCAUAAAACUUAUAAAAUGUCAUAUAACUUCGCUGUUUUAUUAUAUACUAAAGUAUAAAACUCAGCUAUAUUAUGUUCAAUAUAAAAAUAAACUUAGUUGUUAUAUUAUUAUAUAAUCUCAUAAUCUGAGCUGAUAAAUUAUAAACAAUAUCCCAAAAAACUUUCAAACCUUGAAAUGUUAUAUAUUAUAAGGUGUUUCAAAUGAGACUUAAGACUUCAAGAGCAUAAAACCUCUCCAGGAAUCUGUUCUGGAAGUUCCUGAAAGUGAUCUUUUGUGAAAAUCUCGAGCCACCCAAUUUGUCAAUACUUCGCUCACAUUCGACCCCCCUAACCCUCUUAUAUUCAAACUUUCUAAGGAUUUGAUCUAGGAAUGAUCUCGUAUGAAUGUAUAUGAUUAGUAAUAUAUAAGUUGAUUGUAUUUAUAUGUCAGUAACUUGUCUUGACGAACUUUUGUCUUGUGGGUAUAAUAAAGAUUAGUUAUUAUCUGAUAUUU